UUCGUUGCUAUUCGUUAGGGUUCGCCUGACGACGCUGCGCUCUCGGGUAUUUCGCCGGAAACCAACGCCGCGUGAGGACGCACGCAUUUUUCUUCAGUAGUCUCCUCGUCGUGCUUCUCUCUUUUUUAUAAACGCGUCCAUUAUUAUUACUACUCGCAAUCGUACUGUUAAAUACACGUUCGCGCAUUACCAGUAUACACAUACAAUAUAUAUAUUUAUAUAAACCAUAAAUAUACAUUCGUAUAUAUCAUAUAUAUACCAACCAACCAAGUUAUUAAUUAAAUAAAUAUAUAUUUAUUUAUUUAAAAGUAUAUUUUUUAUCACGCGUUUUAAAAAACACACAAAUACGAAAAUGAGUACCAAUGAUAAAGAGCCAGUGAACGUUGAGAAGAAGACGGAAAACGACAAGCCAACUGGGGACGCGAAAUGCGAUCUCAAAGGGAUCAAGAGGGCGGCUGAAGAAAAAAAUGAAGACACAAAAAAACCAAAGAGGCAAGAGAACGGUGGUGAUAAUGACGUAGAAAAUGAAGAUCACGAAGAAGACGUUGACGAUGAAGAAGAGGACGCUGAAGCCGAAGGCGAAGAAGAAGACGAAGUUGACAAUGAAGCUGAAGAUGACGACGAGAAUGAGGAGGAAGAAGAAAACGAAGAAAACGAAGACGAGCCCGAUGAUGAAGAUGAGGAAGACCAAUCAUAAAUAAAAUAAAUAAUAAAAAUUUAAUAAUAAAGAAACAAAAGUUAAUAAGUUACUGUUAAGUAAGUAAAGGAGGCACUGACAGAUAGCGCCGUCGUCCAUCACGAAAAUAUUUACAACUGAAACAAUAACAGUAACAAUAUUCAUAAAUUUAUCAUUAUUUUAUUUAUUUUGUCUUCAUUAAACGGUUGACUUCAAUGUUGACGUCUAUCAUACCCGUAACAAAAUGAAAUUAAAACCAAUCUGUCAAAUCCUCCUGGUCGAAAACUAACAGGGAAUAAUAAUAAUAAUAAUUAAUAAAUAAAUAAUAGUAAUAAUAAUAAUAAGAAUAAUAAAUUGAGGCAAUAAACAGAAUUGUAGUGCGCUGAUAUUUGUUAUCAAUAAUCACACAAUUACUGAUCUCGGCUCAUUGCAAUUCUGUUAAUUUUUAAGUCUCAUUAACCGAUUAUUUUUUAAAAUUCAAAUUGAAUCGUCAAAAUGUUUAUUUAUUCAUAAAUUCGUAUUCAAUGUUGUGUAAUAAUUUUUCUCUCAAUUGAUAAAUCAAUAAUAAUUUAAUUUAGAAAAAAAAAAGUAAUAAAUAAAUUUAAAUUAUUCAAUACGAAUUUAAUUUAAAAAUAAACAUUUUGGUUAUCGUAUCAAAAUUUAAUGACUUGGUAUUGUAACAAUUGCCACAUUUUUUGCGAGACAGUUUUAUAACAAAACAAUUAAUAAAAAUAACAACAAAAAUAAAACUUAUUUAAAUAAUUAUAACAAAAUAAAAUAUACAAAAAAAGUUCUAUUGUAUUUAAAUAGUGUAAAAUGAACAUUUGUGGAUGAUGAUGAUGAUAAUGAUGAUGAUUUUUUUUUUAUUACAUUUGAAAUCAAAUUACGUUUGUAGGUCGACGAAUGUCUCCAUCACAUUAUUAUUGUGCGCGUGACUGAGUUUUAAUAAAUAAUUAAUAAAAAUAAUGAAUAUUUUUUUUUUUUAUAAUUUUUUUUUUUUUUUUUCAAACUGAUUUAUAAUUAAAAUAUAUAAUUAAAAUAGUGUAAUAGUAUCGUAAGGGUGUGAAUUAUUAUUUUUUUUUUUCAUUUAAAUUAUUAAUUAAAAUUUAUGAAAAAAAUUUACAAAUAAAUGAAUAAAUAAAAUUUAUAAACAUAUAUAUUGAUGGCAACACUCAAUCGUUCGAUGAUUUUUACAACUUUUUUUUUUGCUUUUGUAAAUUAUUCAUUAUUUUUCCUCAAUUAAUUUAUAAUAAGAUUUUUAAAAAAGAAAAAUUUAUUUGUUUUAUUGUAAAUCAUAAUCAUUAGCCCCCCCCCCCUUUUUAUUAACUUAAUUUAAUAAUUAUUUAUAACACCCGUUACGAUUAAUUGCAAUGGUUCGCGCUCGAGAGUAUGAAUGAGUUGUGUGUGACUCACAUUGCAUAAUAAUUAUACAUAGUAUGUAUAAAGUUUAUCAACUAAGAACAUUUUAUUAUUAAAACGAUAUGUAACGUAUGACAACAAUAACUAUAAAAAAAAAAAUA